AUGGCUGAAGUUGACGAAUUAUCGAUGAUUGCUUUGUCGGCUUAUGAAAUGAUUUUUAAUAAAGAAGAUGAAGAUAACGAAGAAGAAGAAGAAGACAUUAUUUGUUUCCAUAUAUCUAAAGAGAACAACAGAGAAGAACAUCCUAAGAAUGAAAACUAUUUUGAAGAAACCAUUCCAAGAUUUUCAUUGUCAGAUUUUCAAUCUCACUUUCGCAUGACGAGGACAACUUUUGAGGAAUUAACUCUCAUUUUGGCUCAGGAUUUAAGUACGCCAAAAUUAAAUGUACCGGUCCCCAAGAAAUUAGCAAUCGCCAUUUGGACAUUUUCUAAUCAGGAGGUCUAUAGAUCGAUCGCUGACCGAUUUGGUGUUUCUCAAUCGACAGCUUGGACAUGUAUGUUAGAUGUGGCGUCUGCUCUUUGUGCACGUGUCCAGGAUUUUAUUCAAUGGCCUACAGGGGAAGCUGUUGAAAGAAACACACGAGAGUUUCAGGCAUUUGCAGGAUUUCCAGGUGUUAUCGGAGUUGUGGAUGGUUGCCACAUUCAAAUUAGCGCACCACACGAAAAUUCUGCAAGUUACGUAAAUAGAAAAGGAUACUUUUCUAUCAACAUGCAGGGAAUUUGUGAUGCUAAAAUGAAGUUUAUUCACAUUUAUGCGGGUUGUUGCGGCAGUGUUAAUGAUGCACGGGUAUGGCAGAUGAGCGAUAUUGCAGAAGAGAGUGGACGUAAUUACGAUCAGUACUUCCCUGCAGAAACGCACAUUUUGGGGGAUAAAAUAUACCCUAACUUGUUCAAUUUGUUGCCGCCUUACAAAGAUUAUGGUAAUUUGCUAAGAGUGCAAAGGUACUAUAAUCUGCUUCAUGCUAGAACGCGUCAAAUAAUUGAGAGGACUUUUGCCCUUCUUUUGGGUCGUUUUCGAAGACUCAAAUAUUUAUACCUCCAAAAUGUCGAGUACGCAUCUCUUAUUAUUCUCGCUUGUUGCUGUCUUCAUAAUAUUUGUAUAUCAUUAAAUGACCAACUAGAUAACAUUCCUAAUGUUGAAGUUGAUGAUCUUGAUGAACAGUUUGAUGAUAAUGGGGAUGAUGCUCCGCUCCCGGAAGUGCAACCAGAUAAUGUACGUUUUAGUGCCGAGAUUAAGCGUAAUGCAAUUGCAAACGCUUUGUACAUCAAUCGCGAGUGA